AUGCCUAAUAAUUAUUCACAGGAGUUAGUUGAGAAUGAAAUCAGUAAUCAUGUUAGUGAAGAUAUUACAUAUUCUAGCCGUGUUGCAAAGAAAACAAAGAAAGCUAAUGACCCGAAGGCUAAACAUAAGCCCUCUAGCAACAAAUCCACGGAAAGUGAGCACGAAGUUGUUGCUGUUGUUGCUGUCAAUGACGUGUUAGAAAAACCCGUGGACUACCCCGCUACCUGUGUUGUAGCAAGUCGUAGUACGAAUAACCACAGUAUUUCAGUUAUAAGUAGUGACAACGCGACUAAUAUUGAGCAAGUUACGGAAGUAAGUGAUGAAACGGAUGUAGAGUUUGUGGGAGUAAAGCGUUCUAGGAUAAAGACACGGCGUUUCUUUUUAAGUGGGAUUAACGAGAAAGUGAGCUCCAAACAGAUUUUAAACUACCUUCAGGACCGUCAAAUCAUUCCAACACUACUACGCGUGUUUACAAGUAAACAAAAGGGUACCGCACUUUCAGCAAAACUUAAUGUAAAAGACGAAGAUUCUGCUAAAGUACUUGAUAAGGACUUCUGGCCAAAAUAUGUGCGCUGCAGAAACUGGGUUUCACAAAAACAAUUUGACAAAACCCGCAACCAAACAACACAAAAGUAA